AUGGCGGCAGCCCCGUCCAUUUUCCUCACUGUCUUCGCCGAGACGAAAUCUACCUCCUUAUUACCUGCACCUAAAGUUCCUUUCAUUCUCGCAGCGACCCAGGCUCAGCUUGACUCCACAAUUUCUAUCCUUGAUCAACUCAUCCUGGAGUUUGAAUUUCAGGUUAAUACACUCACGCAACUAGAAGCACGGCACCAUAGUCUUCUCAAAAUAUCCCAUGAGGGUCCUGGGAACCCGGCAGUUGAAGAUGAACUCACGUCAAUACGAUGUGGGUGGCGUGCCAGCAUGGCUCGUUGCGUGGACCUCGAAUAUUGUCUAGAGAGUGCCAUCUCCUGUCUGGAACGCUCUCUAGAAGUCGCUGUCUUGGUUACGCCCCUGUUUACUUCCGCGGAAGAUCUAUCAAUGUGUGAUCGUGGUGGACACAUCCUCAAAAAUGUUCAAGAUAAUUUUGAGGACCUCAGGCAGCGUCGUCAGUUCCUUACGCAGGCACUCUUUUUGAGUGUGCAGAUGGAUAAUUUGGAGGUCGCUGUUGGGGAGCUGCUUUGGGCUCGUGACAACUGGAUUAUCGAAGCAUCGGCUUUAUCUCAUGACAUUUUAACCAGGGAUCCCGUGGAGGUGUUCCGUAAUGUAAACCACUUGGAAGACGAAAUGACGAAACUAAUACGCGCCACUGUCCAUGCCUCAGAUGAAAAAACCGAACAAAUAGUGAAUAAAUUGGCCGUUGUUGUUGAUUAUGUGGAUAAACUUGACUUCUCAAAGCUCUCAAAUGCGGACAAAGCCCAAGCAUACCUUCUAAAGGGAAAGGCGUUGAACGUUGCUGUCCCAAUUAUGGAACAGAAAAGGGAAAGCGCUGCUGAGGCCAAAACUUGCCUCGAAAAAGCUUUACAGAUAGACCCAGGUCUGUCCGAUGCAUGGUGUGAGCUCGCCGAGCAUGAAUGGAUGUUAUGUGAACCUGAACGCGCAGUUGCACCUUUGCAGACAACACUUAAGUUAAACGUAAGCGGCAUAAUGCACGCCUCAGUGGUCAUUCACCUUAUUAUGGAAGCUGGUAUCACGGGAUCUCCGAAGUACCCUGUUCUUGCUGGUCUUCUCGUGGUGCCAUGCUCAUCCAUAAAGCAAAAUGCUGAUGCGCUCUGGCGUUUGUCAAUGCUCCUGCGUCAAUUACCCGCCGAGAGCACAGCGAAGAGAGCUCUUUUCGAGUGCUCAGAGCUGUUGGACCUUUUGGCCCCCGGGGGUUCAAGCAAAGACAGUCUUUCGGUCUCCCUUCGACUGGCUCAUGCCGCCGUCAAGGCCGAUCCCACGUCUGGUAGAGCCUGGGAGUGCCUCGGCAAUGCCCUGCUCACGGCGUUUCUCUCGGGACCGCCCGACAAAACCGCCGGAUUCAUUGGACGCUCCCUCGCGGCCUUCACACAGGCCUCAAAGCAUCCCAGUGUUGUUGCGCAACCACAUUUUCACUACAAUCGGGCUGCAGCACUGCACUACAAGGACGACUUCUCGGGGGCCCUGGUGUCGUGGCUGCGCGCGGGCCUCCUCGACCCGGCGUGGCCAGCACCCCGCGCCAGCGCCACGCGUUGCCUGAGGGCAUUUCGGAAAAUGGACGCGAUUGUCCACACACAGGCCGAGGAUUUCGAUAAAACAACGCGAAAGCGAAUUGCGAGCCUGAUUUCCUCGCUGGCCCCCUGUCUCGCCGCCGACGGCGGUCAGCCCCUAGCAAAACUUCUUGGCCCGUUUCGUCCCCGCAAGCAGGGCUCAAAAUCUGCAGCUGUGACCUCGACAAUACCCGACUUGGAAUUCCGGUUAUUUAAAGACCUUAAAACCGGUAAUAACUUCGGCAAAGUGGUCUGUGGUGGCGUCGUCACCUCCCUACCCUCGGACAGUGACCUCGCUUUAAACCUCCUUCUCGUGGAUGCUGAAGGCUCCUUCCUAGUCUUGCGCAUUCAUCAAAUCAGCAAGGUGAGUGUUGGUUGUCUGACAACUUGCCACGAGCACUCAGAUCUUAUUCGUAACAAGCUCCUGCAGGUUUAA